AUGUCGGCUGAACGGGAGAAGAGAGCGAGAUUAAGCCAUGCCUGUGAUCGUUGUCGAAAAAGACAUGUUAAAUGCGAUGGGGAUUAUCCUAUCUGUGGAAACUGUAAAUCCGUUAACGGCGAAUGUAGCUAUAGUCACCCAGGCAGCAAACGGGGUUAUGUAGAAACAAUCGAUGAUAGAUUGAGCAAGAUUGAACAAGUUUUAACGAAAUACCUGGAAGGUGCCGAUGCUCAACAGCAAAGUAUUAUUAAUAAAUCCCCAGAUAAAUCUAUUGAAAAUCCAGAGGUUGACGUGCACGAAGCUGUAAAUAUGUCAAAAUUGCAAACAAUUGCGCUAGUUGAUUCAAUGUCUUCACUUUCAUUGAAAAAAAGUAGUAGAUUUAUUGAUGCUGUAACUAAAGAUGAUCAAUCCGAAACUAACGAUGAAGGUAGUAACAUUGUUCUCGAAGAGUUCCAACGAUCCGUUGAACCACCACUUCCAGAGUCUUACAGAGGUCCACAAGAAUUACCUCCAAAAGAUCU